GCAUUAUCUACCACUAGCAGUUCUUAUUGCUAGAAUGACGCCUACAAUCGAUGCGACACAACUAGCUACCAGCCACCAACAACCACUACUGGGUACGCACAGAGGAACUAUAUUGUAUAAGUAAUAGAUAGCAAACGGCACACAUGGAUAAUAAAUCCCUAGCCCUCUAAUUUAGCUUCAUUUCACAUGUGCUGAGAAGUGAGCAUAACACACACUCAUGACGUCGUGGUUGGAAGCCUGGCCAGGUGCCGCAGCCUUACAGUCACGUGGGACGAACGCACUCACGUGCAAGUCCUCUGACCUGAGUCAGCAUGGCUGGCCUUCGAAUCAAGUGAAUGUUCAAGUUCAGCCUUACGAACCUCGGAAAUGGCCAUUGGCGUUUUCGUGCCCACUGAAGCUUGGAGCCUUGUUGCUUUUGUUACCGCUCGUCCGUCGAAAUAGAAGCCGAACAUGUGCAUAUAAGUUUCCGACAUCUCUCAAACCGGGGCAGUUCCGCAGGCUAUCUUUUUGUUGAAGCGACAAACAAGCCAUAGCCCGUUCACCUCAGCCGAUCUUUGCGCCAAAAUAACCCCGUGUUUUGUCCCGCUUGACCGGACUGUCGCAUCAGUCUAUUUGCAAAUUUCAAAGGUAAAUUCAUUUUGUCUCGGGCUGGGUGCAAGGGCCAGAUGCAAUCAUGACGACCGUUCUGAAAAGAAUCAAGUUGCAGCGACCUGCUGCCGCCGUCCCAUCAACACAUGUUCACGCGCAGAUACAAAAGAGGGCUGUGACCUCUUCCUCCUUAGGCACAGGAUCAGGGGUUACCCAACGGAGACUCCGCUUAAGGGAUAUUCUGGAAUCCGGCUUCGAAGACGAGCCAGCAGCGGCUGAAGCAGGGUCAACCCCCAGCGGCAGCGAUAGCCAGCAGCCCACACCAGGCGCAACUAACACUACAGCCGGCAAUGCUCCUGCAAGCCCAACCGGCACGUCUGGGGCGACCGAUGCCUAUCCCAAAUUCCGGACACGACAUCCCCUGAAAUGGUUGGCGAAUGCACAACUGGAGGAAGGCAAACUUGUGGAGAAUGGGCAGCCACUGGUGUCGCCGAUUCUCGCCCGCGAUGCAUGCAAAUGCCCGAAGUGCAUUGACGCCUCUGACCGACAACGCAACUUUUCGUAUGCGGAUAUCCCGCACGACAUAUCGUUCCGGGAUAUCACACAUAUCGAAGGGCGCGACGAGACGAUUGUGCGGUGGCUGAACGACUGCGCACCACAUUCGCGUGGAGACACGACCAUCUUCACACGCGAGCAGAUCGGCAGUCUGAAAAGCGAGUUCCGCAAUGCUCGACGAUGGGCAUUGUACCACCGGCCACAGAAGCUAUGGGACGCCUCGUCCUUCCGACGGGAUACGAGCCGGAUCGACUUCAAUGACUACAUGACGGACCCGGCGACGUUGGCGCAGACGUUGCAUUUGCUGUGGCGGGACGGACUGGUGUUUAUCGACGGGGUGCCGGAAGAGGAGGCAAGUGUGGGCGCCAUCGUCAACCGGAUCGGACCUUUGCAACAGACCUUCUACGGGCCGACGUGGGACGUGCGGUCGAAGCCGGACCCAAAGAACGUGGCGUACACGGCCAAAUACCUGGGCUUCCACAUGGACUUGCUGUACAUGCGCGAUCCACCAGGGUUCCAGUUCCUACAUUGCGUGCACAACAGCAGCAUGGGCGGCGAGUCACGGUUUGCCGACACGUUCCGCGCCGUCGACACGCUGUUCGACGAAGACCGGGCCAUGGUGCGCACGCUCAUGACAUACCCGGUGCGCUACGAGUAUGACAACGACGGGUUUUUCUAUUCCGACGCCAAACCCACCAUCUUGAAGCGUCAGGAGCUGCGUGUCCCUCACCGGGUCUCCAUUGAUGCUCGUCAUGUCCGCGCCAUGAAGGACGUCGGCCAUGUCUUCUGGUCCCCGCCCUUUGUCGGCAACAUUUCCCCGCAGCCUGCUCACCAUGAACUCGCCCAUUUUGUGGCCAGCAGCAAGGCCUUCGCCGAGAUCAUGGAGAGGCCCCAGAACGUCGUCGAGGAGAAAAUGGACUCCGGCACCUGCGUCAUCUUCGACAACUUGCGCGUCGUCCAUGCUCGCAAUGCCUUUGAUCCAAACUCCGGCCGUCGCUGGCUGCGUGGCGCAUACCUCAACCGCCAGGAUUUCAUCAGCAAGGCCAUCGCCAUGAUGCCCAUGAUGCCGCAUGUCAGAUUUGUCGACCCCGAGGCUGACUGAGGGGCGGGUUAUGUGCCGCUCUGGGCGCUCCUAUUUUUCUUUCAUACCACGUGCUUUUCAGUUGGGUUUUCUGGUCCAACAUUCCCCCUGUUCGGAGCUUCAAGCGGUAUGGUGUCGUUGCCCGGAAAAGAUGGUCGCCAGGGCGUUGUCGGGCAGAGGCUGCAAUCGUUGCUCACAGCAGCACAUUAGUCCAAUGGGCACUCCCCUCGGCCCUGUAUGCGUCUGGUCUCUGAAUAGCGUCUCUCCCCGAAGCGAGGGGCAUUUGCCAUUCUUCACUGCAAGGCCGAAACAGAUCUUGUGCAGUUUACAGCCUGCUCAUUCCCAUUAACAUGACAAGUCCCCUGCUAUGAACCCAAGGAGAACAGAUAUAUACUUCGUUGAUAGACUUUGGAGACAAAUCAGAGUUGAUCAGCCACGUUACCAUAUACCCAUUUCUAUAAGGGCAGAAGUCUUGUCCUCAUGGCACAUUCGCACGACUUGUUUCCUUGGUGGCCGUCAACAAUUGUGGAAGUCAUAGAAGAGUUGGCAAUGUACCUGACAGGAUCGGAACGAUGCAAUCACCUCUCGGGGGUUGCUCAGAGCCUAGCGAUGGCCGACUCUUUUACGCUGUCAGGCCCGGAAGUCAUGGCUAACCACGGUUGAUGUUAACGGCAUCAAAUAUGGGUUCAAGCCGUGCACAUAAGAGCAGCUCUCGGUCAGACUCGAUGGUAACGGUGGAGAUAUUUCAAGGGUACCUUAAUGCCAAACUGCAGUGGUCAAUAUGACCAUGCAGUGCAGAUUCACAGAAAGUCACGUGAGAAAAAUUUGCGAUUCAUUAGCAGCUAGUGCCGAAAAAUGCAUCUGAAAUGUUGUCGAAUCCGAGCUCGAAUUCGUGACGUGGGGGAUUGGCGCAAUGGUAGCGCGUGGCUCUCCUAUUCUGUGUUCUUCAGUGUAAAGCCAAGGUUGUGGGUUCGAGUCCCAUGUUCCUCGUCUUUUUGUGUUUUUGGCCUGGCCUGGCCCCAUUUGUUUUUAUUAUUCUCCGCCUCCUGUUCUCGAGUAACCCUCGACGCAGAUUUUAUUGGUGGCCUCACAUCUACACAGCACGGGCACAGUUCCAAUUGCACACAGAACAACAAAUACGAGCACUUACAACCCUGCAAAACAUCGCGAAUUCCGCAAACUCGUUUUUGGCGGAUGCGAUGCUUUCCCUGUGUUGUCAUCGACUUGGUCGAUCGCCACAAUCGAGCCCCGUGCUCUUUAACAUUACUGGGAAGGACAUCUGGAACAUGCUUCACUGAUGACAGACAGGCCCCGUGAAGGAGGCUAGGAGACAUGCCAAAAUGUCAAUGUCCAGAACUCUAGGAGCGACGAUGGGAAUUCCUCCCGACAUCGUUCCAGAACAUCUGAGUGGGACACUGGCAGUUCAGGCCUGCAAACGGCCCAGAUCUCAAAACCCAUACGAUCGCGUUCCGGAAGUCUGUUCCGUAAGAUAUUGUGUGGUCCUCCAGGGGUGUUAGCAGUCGCCGUUCAAUCAAAGAGGCGGACAGUGCCCAGAACCAGUCUGACAGCCUCGAAAGCCUUUCCCAUGGCACGGACGGGCAUGGCAUCUGAUUGAUCUCAUCUGACGCGAACGCUGCUGUCAACGAUGGCGAAAUCCAGAACUUCGUCCUUGUGACUCCAAUCCGGAAUACCUUGCGUAGAGGCAGCAGUGGCGGUAAGAGACAGGACAAUUUCGGCUAAAGUUGCAAUAACACACUUUGCCUAGUACGAACGGAUGUGACUGCACUUUGCUUCCUACCUCUGAGUUUUGCAUGUCAGAAGUCAGUUCUUCCCACGGCUUCUGCUGGCUAACCGAGGCCUACGCAAUCGGGUUGUAUCGGCAACCGGCGUCAUAUGUGUCUGAAAGAGAAGGGGGAAAAUUCGCACGGAGCCCAAGCCUCGCUAACAUACUUUGUCCAAAGUCAACUCCCUUUCUAGCCAUUCGAGGGCUUCCGCCAGGUUUGGCCACAACCUUACUCGAGCAUGACAGAUGAUGGACAAGUGCUCCGGACCUCUGGCCUCCUGACACAAAGGCAACCAAACAACAUGUCAUCGUCCCCUUUACGUACGUAUGCCCAGUGUGGGUUCGCCAUCAAUGGGCGUCAUGUCAUGGACUGGGUUCCAUUGCUGAGGAUCUAUGUGGCCCGAUCAACUGCUGCCCAGGCAAUCUCGGUAUCGUACCGAUUGGAUGGUGCUGGGCAAGACCCAAUUUGAUCCAGCCCAAGAGCAAUGGAACUGGACAAAGUGACACACGUGUGCCUUAGCCUUCAACAAAAUAUCAAGCCUAACACAUGGCAGCUGCAAAGUAUCCGGAUGUCAAUUUCGUCCUAGAUGCCGUUUCAGAUGGCCAUUAGUGGUUGACAUAAUAAUGGGUUAGGACCCGUAAUCAGAUAGCC